AUGGAAAACAGCGAUGCUCAAAGCCCAGAUUUAGGCAAAUCUCACGAGUGCCAGAUUCUCGGAAGAUUUGGAACAAUGAUUCAGAUUUUUCUUGGACUCUUAUCAUUCUCUGUUUUAUUGGUAAAAAGAUAUUUCGAGGACCCUAAAAGACCGUUGAUCAUUUGGCUCUUAGAUACUUCGAAGCAAGCUUUCUCAUGAGCCUUGGCUCACUGGAUUAAUAUGAUGCUCGCUAUUUUGCUCAGCAAUGCAGGAGAAUCAGAUAAUUGAGAGUGGUAUUUCAUCAAUAUUACUGUUGAUGUGUUCCUUGGCGUGUUUCUGUGUUAUAUUCUCCUCAAAGGUGUGGAGAUAUUAGCUACUAAAUAUUCUUUUAACAUGUUGCACUCAGGGAGCUAUUUAAAAAUUAACAAAGAUAAGCCAUAUUUAACAAAAGAGACUUAUAACAGUGAAGUUACUCUAGACGAUAUCGAUAUCAGAAAUUGGAUUGUCCAGAUUUGAGCAUGGGGACUAAUCAUUGUAAUGGUGAAACUGACAUUAUUCUCUUUCCAGUUAUUAGCGGCACCAGUUCUUGAGAGGAUUUCUACUUUUCUGAUUGGUUGGGUUAAGGCUUAUCCAAAAGUAAAGUUAAUAGUAAUCAUGGUGAUAGUGCCAUUUAUAUUGAAUGCCUUCCAGUUCUGGAUUCAGGAUAACUUUCUCAAGCUUAAAAAGAAAAAUAGAGAUUACGAUACUGAGUUAGGACUUAUAGAUAAUCAUCAUCAUCAAGGUAAUACAUCCCCAGUUUUUGAAAGGAAGGGUAACCAAUUUAAUAGUCCUCAAUUAAAUAUCAGUAGGAAAACAAAUGGAUCUAACACUAGUCGGAAAUUCAAUUAAUAAAAUGGCAACCGAUUGCAUUUAAACUUCAAUUC